CACACACAGGAUCGUCCUGCUCGUAUGCACACACACUGGCUGCACAUGCAUCGGGUGGAACAGAUCCACAGUGCUGCACAGUAGUGAGGCAGUGGUGUGUAAUUGAGAAAGAGGGGUGUGGAAUAAGAGAGAGAGAGAGAGAGAGAGUGAGAGAGAGAGAUUUUACUCUCCCUCUUGUCUGCUAAAGGAAAGCACCAGAGUGGACCAGUUAGAUGAACGACGAGACUCAAGUGAGAACUUUUGAUCAGACCAUGGAAGUCAAGAAGUGGAGGUAGAAGAAAGGGAAGAACAAGAAGAGAGGACAAGAAACUCCCUGCUGGCUGAACUGGAGACCAGAGAUUCGUCUGAGGGAUUACUGGACGCUUCAUAAGUGAGCUCUUGUCAUGGUGUUACCCCGCACGAUCGUCUCUUGUUGACAGGAGUCUCUCUGUGUUUUGGAUUUCCCGCGGAUCAAAGUUUGUUUUUGGAGCAGCAGAGUGAGUGAAUGAAGUGUGCAGAAGGAGGAAACAUGUCAAACGGACGUUUCAGUCACCUGUUGAGGGGAGUCUGGCUGCUGUGGCUCUGGCAAGCUGUGUCUGUGGUUGGGACUGGAAGCAAACUGUGGGAGGUUCCCACUGGACCCUUCACGCUCUCAUCUGCCUCCAACCUGAGCGAGGGUCUGCACUGGGAGCCCCACUGCCAGCACCACCACCUGCAGGACGGCGUGAGGAUCACAGCGCACGUGCCCCCGAGGCUGGACGGCACCUGGGUGUCAACAAGAUGUGAAGUUCGUCCCGGUCCUGAGUUCCUAACUCGCUCCUACACCUUCCACCCGAGCCGUCACUUCCAGGCCCUGCAGCACUACUACGCCGACAGCGGCUGCGAGGAGCCGUCCUACUCCCUGAUGGUCCGGGGGAAGAUCCGUCCACGACAGGCGUCCUGGCUCACCCGCGGUGGCACCGAGGCCGAGCACCACCUGAACAAGGUGGGGAUCGUGGUGCACAGCCUGGCGGCGAAGCAGAGGCUGACCUCCAGGCUACCCCCCACCUGUGUGGACCUGAGCCUGGGCCGGGCGGCGCUGGGGAAGCUGUACGAGCUGUACAACACCCGGGCGGGGAGGGGGUGUCUGACGGCCCUGGGCUUCUCCAUGCUGGAGAUGGACCUGGUGCGGGUGGAGACGCAGCACCACGGCCAUGGAGGGAAGGUCCAGGAGCUGUUCCUGGGAGACAUCCACACGGACUGGACCCAGAGGACCCAGUACAGACCGACCGGGUACCAGCAGCCCCUGCAGAACGCCAUGCAUCACGUCCACCCCUGCCCCGUCUGUGCUCUGGUGUAUCGCUCCUCGGAGCAGCGCCCCCCGGUGUUGCCCCGCAGCCCUGCAGCUGCUCUCUCGUUAGCCGGCCGGUGGGUCAGCCAGCACUGUGAGACCCGGCCCAAUGUUCUCUUCCUCACUCGAGACUUCACCUUCGACCCCGACCAGCACGCCUGGGAGGGAGUCUACCGGCACUACAGCGACCCGUCCUGCUCCCAGCCCACCUUCACCCUGAGGGCCUCGGGCCACUACGCUCAGGGAAACCCCUCCGUCAAACUCUCAGGGGCCUCCGAGUUUGUCUUCAAGGUGACCGAGGUGAGGGCCACGGCCAUGGACGAGCCCACGGCCAAGCUCCUGAACGGCACCAGGCCCGGGAAGUGCGGCCGGGCCGGCCGGUGGGAGGUUGGCGCGGAGCAGGACCUGACCCUGACGGACGGCUGCACCGUGCUGGGAAUCAAACUACCACACAAGGAGUACGAGCUCUUCAAGAUGGGCUUCGAUCACAGGAAGCACCCACUGCUGUUCGUCGGCGAGAGGCCGACCGACGGCUCCAGUCCCGACCGGCCGGCGAGGCGGCCCACCUCCUUCCAGGCUCCCAUGGUGCUUUGCGGCGGAGAAGCCGCACAGCCCGCCCACACGGGGUUCAGCAGCAGGCAGGUGCAGCCGGCGGCCGGCGGGACGGGGCGGCCGACACGGCUGGGGCUUCUGGUUUUCAUGAGCGCGCUGUGCAGCCCGCUCUUUGUUUAUUAGAGACGAUGUUCACAAAUCUCACCUGCUACACAGCUGAAGUCAGCGACGGACUUUGUUUUCUGGCAGCUGCCUUUCACUUUCCCUCCAGGAGAGAAUAAACAUGAGACGCUCAAGAGAGUUGAAUCUAUAUACGGCCUUCAGAUGACGCCUGUAGGUUCACUUUAAUAACUAAUUUCAGUUCUUUUUGGACCUAAAAACCACCACCGUCAAAUAAAAGUGCCAUCAUUUCAUGAAGUUUAAAUGUAUAUUCUUUUGAACCACAUGUAAGAAUCGGGCAGAUGUUCUCACUUCACAGCUCACCAGUAUAUUCACAUUGUCCCAACAAAGCAAGUGUUGACUUAUGGAUUGAUUAUUUCUGAAUGAAAUAUGAGCCUGUUUUUGUGGCCUUUUCACCAAGAUGCAGUUAAAAAAAAAAAAAAAGAAGAAGCACUUUGUACAGAACACUUUUAUCAACACGAGGGAGAGAAAAGAGGCCAAAAUGUAUAUUAUGUUCAAACAGCUGCCAUCAGUAUUGGUUUGAUGCCACUCUGGUGUUAAAUGUUGCUUGUUAUUAUUUUUUUAUUAUGUUAUUUUUUUUUUUUACUUGUUCAUUAGUCAACAUUUUAUCUGCAGUCUGUCUAAAUGAAUCAAAUGAAUAUUUAUUUUAACCAUUUAUACUGUACUUUUUCAUAAAAAGAAAAAAUGUGUCCAAUAUUUUAGCUAGUUUAGUCAUUUAAGAGUUUCUGUCUAUUAAAGAUGGCUUUUCAUAACCUUUUGGGUGUAGCUGAUCAUUUUUACAAUGCUAAAGGUCGAACUGAGAGGCACAUAUUCUUUAAAAAACAUAUUUUAAGCUCAAUCUAUAGUAUAUUUUGAGAUUUGAGUCACAUAAUAAGGUUAAUUGCUUUCUAGCCCCUUGAAAGGGAGAUCAUUGGAUGGCAUUUGGAGAAAAAGUUCAGUUGUUAUCAUUUCCCUGUGUUAGCAUGGUUAUCCUCUCCAGACAGCAAGUAAACGAUGAUGAAUCUGGUGUCAAACCACAAGGAAAUCAGUUUAGAUGUGUCGAAUCUCUCCGUGCUCUUUGGAAGCUGGCAAACAGGAAGGCAGGAGUGUGAACAGAUUAUACGCCUCAGUGGAGGUGUGGAUGUGUAAAAGAUCCUCUUGUGAAGUUACAAAAAAAGCCUGCUUCAUUAUUAUAAUCAAGUUCAACAGUGCAAAGAUUCAUAUAUCCUAGUCGCCACUGCAGGUAUUUCAUU